AUGGCUAUUGUUUUGCGUUAUGUCGAUAGUCUUGGCUUUGUGAAAGAAAGAUUCAUAGGAUUAGUGCAUGUGAAGGAUACAUCUUCUUUGACACUCAAAAACGCCAUAAAUGAAAUAAGAGGACAAGGUUACGAUGGGGCUAGCAAUAUGCGGGGGGAAUUCAAUGAUUUGAAAGCUUUGAUAUUACAAGAGAAUGACACGGCUUUUUAUGUACAUUGCUUUGCACACCAACUUCAAUUAGUAGUUGUGGCUGUAGCAAAGAAGCAUGAUGGUGUUAGUGACUUUUUUGAGCAAAUUUCGUUGGUGGUUAAUGUUGUUUGUGCCUCGUGUAAAAGAAAAGACUUACUACGAGAGCAAGCAAGAGAAAGGGUGCAAAAAGGCUUGUGUAGUGGUGAACUUGAAACCGAAAGAGGGUUAAAUCAAGAGACAACACUUGUUCGAGCGGGAGAAACAAGAUGGGGUUCACAUUUCAAUACACUCACAAGCUUGAUGAAGUUGUUUGCGGAUGUUCUUGUAGUUUUAGAUUUUGUGAAAGAGGAGGGAGGAUCAUUGGCAAACGGUCAACAAGCAUCUGAAAUCUUAGCAUAUUUUAAAUCAUAUGAGUUCAUCUUUUACUUACAUAUGAUGUAUGACAUUUUACACCUCACGGGUACAUUGUCAAAGCAACUUCAAAGAAAAGAUCUAGACAUUUUAGAAGCGGUUUCGAUGGUUAGAGGGACAAUGGAGGCAUUCUAA